GCCGCCGCAGCUGGCAGUUGCAGUGUUGUCGGGACUCGGGACCGCCGACGCCGACCGUUCACACAGGCGCUCCGUGUGCGACAAAGCGAAAACAGAGCAAACUGUAAACAGAGGAAGUUACGGACGAACCGGCGUGUCAAAGACUCAUUCCCACCGUGAGUGCGUCGUGUGACAGUGACAGUGGACAGUGUCGUUGCGUUCUGUGUAUGUGUGGACGUUCUGUGUAUGUGUGUGUGAAAGUGGUGGAGUGUCCCUCGCCUCGUUCAAGAUGGAAACUCGUUCCUCUAGAACUCAGAGCCUCCGGCAGGCGGGACCCGAAGAUGACGGCGUCGUUUUGGGGAUCGACUUCGGCUGCACCAAGAUGGCCGUGGCCGUGGUGCAGGACGGCGACGUGGAUGUGCUGCCCAACGACAUCGGGGCGCGCACCACCCCCAGCGUGGUGCACGUGCAGGUGGAGGACGGCGAGCAGAGGCAGACGGCCCAGACGGGGGAGGCGGCCCUGCGCCUGGCGGUGAGCGACCCGGACAAGACCAUUCGCAAUGUGAAGCGUGUGAUCGGGCGCCCCUACUCAUCGGUCUGCAGGGACCCAGGCAAGCCGCUCCUCGGGCCAGUCAAGUUAACUGGCGGAGACGAGGACGCCACCUGGAUUCGCUUGGGAAGCCUGAUCCUGAGCCCGGAAGAGAUCGCGGGCACGCUGCUGCUGGACGUCAGGAAGUUCGCAGAAGCCCACCUGAACCGCCGCGACAUCCGCAAGGCUGUGAUCGCCGUGCCGUCGUACUUCAACAUCGCACAGCGACAAGGGAUCAUUGAUGCAGCGAGGCUGGCGGGGCUGCCGGAGGUGCGGCUCGUCAACGAGACGACGGCUGCUGCCUUGGCCUUCGCGCACGACCGGGAGGGCCCCAAGCUCGUGGUCGUCGUGGACGUCGGCGGCGGGGGCGGCAGCGUGUCGGUGGUCAUGGUGGACGGCGGCGGGGUGCAAGUCGUGAGGACUUGCGGCAAGCGGCUCCCAGGCGGCGACGAAUUCGACAUCAGGAUGAUCAACUACCUGUGGACUGUCAUCAGGGAGGAACACGGGAAAGAGGUGGAGGACCACCGGUCCAUGGAGAUCCUUCGCUCCACUUGGGAGAAGGCCAAGCAAAAGCUUUCGAGGAUUCCUCACGUAGAGAUAUCGACGUUCCUCCCCGCCAUCGACAAGGAGCUGAAGCACACCAUACCAAGAAGUUUGUUCGAGGCGGAAUGCAGUGACUUGUUCGAUUUCAUCCUGCACGAGAUUUCGCGCACCCUGAAAAACGCAAUGGGCUCUCUCCCGGAAGGAAGCUGUGUGGACCACGUGGUGCUGGUUGGCGGGUCGUCCCGCAUCCCCCACCUCCGCGCCGAGAUCGACAAGCUGCUGCCGGGCAAGCUGCACAAGGCGCUGAGCCCCGACGAAGCGGUGGCCCGAGGGGCCGCCCUGCUGGCCGCGGGGGCCGUGCGGGUCGACAGGGAGGUGGUGGGCCGUGACACCUACGUGACGAUCGGCGGCACCACAUUCUUCUACGAUGCAGAUGAGCUGCUGGUGGAAAAAGUGCUCCGUGCGGAUGUCAGGGCAAAGGAGUACUUUGCGGUCCAACAAGCGAGUGAAUAUGGAACCAACACCCUUGAGGACAUAUAUGAAGAGGAGAGACGUCUCUACGAGUUUCGUUUUAACACGUCUGGUAUCAUGCUUUGCUUUGGCACGGAUCGGUCUCAAAUGUCGCUCAAACCAGCUUACUGCCUCGACAGCCAGAGGCUUCAACACCUAGAGCGAAAAAUGGAGAGACAAAUGCAUGGGCAGAAGGUUGAGAUGGACCGCGCCCAGGCGAAGAACUCUUUAGAGAACUUUCUUCGUGAAGAACUGGCCAAGGAGACGGUCCAAGACGCGUGGCAGAAAGAGGAGAGGCAACUGAGGGACCUCUGUAAACAAACGUUGGAUGACAUUUCAAGAGAUCCGAAUCUGUCUAAGGAGCGUGCUGACAAAAUAUUAUCUCUUGUCAGCACCCGACGGGAGGAGAUAAACAAAGCACGAAUCUCUGCGGCAAUGGAAGUUCGAAGGAAGGAGUUGCGAGAGAAGCUGGCGACGCACUUGGCAAAGUACCUGCAGGAAGAGGUGUCGCCGGACAGCGCUUACGCGCGCGCUGACUGGGCCGCGGACGGCGAGUGGCUCAAGGGUCCAGGCCAAACCGCUGACCUCGCCGAGUUGCAGAGGCGCCUGAUGGAGGCGAGGCGCAGGAAGGAUGCUUUGGAGGCGGGCAGGAGGGCGCGGCUGCAGGGAGUCAAGAACGGCCUGGAGACGACUUUGAACUCCCUCUCGCUGUCACUGCAGGAUGUCCAAAAUUCAUCCGACAUCGUGUGUGAGAAACUGGAAAAGCAUCUUCACCUCUACACUGCAAAAUCUAAAGAGAUGUCAGAGUGGCUCGAACGGCAUCCAAACGCCCAUGUCACUGAUUUUGAAGAGAGGCUGAACGAUGCUACAGAGAUGUUAAAGGAUUGGAAUACAGUUUGUCAGACUCAUUUCAGAAGUAAACUGGAACUCAAACUGAAUGAAACGCUGCAAAUGUGUCCAAAGGAUGAGAAAUGGUCAUUAAGGUAUACUGAGAAGUUUAGUAAUAUUGAGUGUUGGUUGAAUUCUUCUGAAUCUCAAUCGGCUUCGGCUGAUGCCUUCCGUUCCAAGUUGCAAGAUGUAAACAAAGAAGCAGCCAUGUUAAAGAAAGAAUUGAAAUCCAUGAGCACUGACCUGUUGGGAAAACUGUCCACGAACCUUGAAGUGUAUCUUAGCUCAGAGCUGACCAGCAAAGAAACACCCUGCUUUGCCCAAGCCGUAGAGUUUAAACAAUACUGCCGUGAAGUGCAUAAUUGGAUUAAGAAAUAUCCCAAUGCAUCGUACAAUGCACUUCAUGACAAUCACGUAGAGUUGUGCCGACGAGCAAGAGAUCUUAAGCGCUCUCAGCACCAAUUCAAAAAGCUGAUAUCCAAAACGGCUCUUGCCAAGCAAAUUCGCUCAAUUCAGGCAAAGCAUAUUAAUGAACAUGAUAUCGCCCGUGAUUUAGAGGAAAGUUUGGUAGCUCUUAGCAAAAAAUAUCGUGUGUCUUAUGUUGAAAAUGAGGAAGCUCAUUUUGAUCAAAUUCAAGCCUGUCUAAAAGAAUUAAAUGAAAAAGAGGUAGAGAUCAAAAAUGAGAGAAACAACAGACUUAUUGCAAGAAGCUUGUUGGAGGCAGCCCUGGAUUUAGUUACUGAGAAAGGGUACUCAAAGCUGGCCUCCCCUCAUCGACAUUGGCUCCAGUCACUCCCGGCGCGCCCAGCGGCUGAGUUCGAGAAGAGACGAUGCCGCGUCCUCGCAGACGCAGGCGUCGAAGAUGGCCUGCAGAUGCUACUCCCGUCGGGAGAAACCAAUGCCAACGGUAGCAGUAAAAGUGGCUUGCAAGUAAAACUUGAGUGCAUCCCUCAAACAAUACCCACCCACGAGGCUUCAGGAGAGAAAGCAGAAGAUAUGGAUGUCGAAACGGCGACAAGCGGCUCCGCGCAGUCCAGAGACACGGUGUUGAGGUUGAUGAGAGACUUGUGGACUCGGGCCAGCGAUGUGGUCGCCCCUCGUGGAUGGCAGGCCCUGCCCGCGGCGGGCUUGGAGCCGUUGCUGGCGCAACAGCUGCACGUGCUGCAGUCGCUGGUCGUGGCGCUGGCCCUGCGCACGCUGCGCGAGGCCAAGGAGGCCGGCGCCAUGUCGCUGUUGGUGGACACGCGGCAGGACGACACGCGCUGCCUCGCCUCCCUGGCCGUGCGCUACGUGGACGCCCGGGGCCAGCCCGUGGAGCGCCUGCUGGUGGUGCGGGAGGUGCAGAUCUGGAACGACGACGGCGCGGCGCUGCUGCAGUCCUUCUCGUCGCUGUGCAGCCAGGCGGACGUCGACUGGAAGGCCUUGCUCGUGGGCGUGAGCGCGGAGGCGGCGGGCCUGGUGGGACAGACCUUCCUCAACCACCUGCAGGCAUUGGUCAAGGACACCGUCCCGGAGCUGGUGAACGCAGGCGUCCCUCUGGAGGACACGGUGGUCGCGUCCUGCUACCGACGCCUGCGCGAGGACGACACCUACCGAGUGAUCGGCUCGUUCUUCAGCACCAUCGACUCCUUGAGGAGCUUGUUCGCCGCGGGCAGCCCGAGCUUCGCUGUGCUGCGGAGGGCCUGCGCGUCGCUGCAGCCGGGAGACGACCCGUGGCGGACGUACUCCACCUCCAUCGGCUUCGUCUCCGCGGAGCGCCAGGGCGUCGUGGAGGCCCUCAACGACCUGGUGGACGUGCGGCCCCACCUGUACCAGACCGCCAGCGUCCUCGCGAAGUCCCUCGCCCCGUCCUCGAAGGGCGACCCGUUCACAGUGUGUCUGGCGGCCUUCGGCAAGUUGUUCCAACUCAUGGGAGACUUCUUCAGGCUGGUGGACUUCCCCAGCGCGUUCCACGCGGACCGCGCCCACCUGCUGCAGGAGCACCCCUUCUCGGCGACGGAGGAAGUGGCAGCCACGCUGCUCGGCCAGAUCAGGACCACGCUGACGUUCCGUGAGUGGAGCUUGGAGUGGGAGAAGAACCUCGGCGCGGUGGUGUCGAAGUGCGUGGAGGUGACGGCGCAGGCGGUGGUGCGUGCGCGGGACCAGCUGGUGCACCUCGCCACGGCGCUGACCCAGCGUGUCUCCAGCGACCAACUCCAGGCCCAGCAGCUCAACGGCAGCCAGUUCCCCACCCUGAGCGCCGCACUGUCGUCCGGACUGAGCCUGGUGGUGUUCCAGCAGUGCGUCCCCGACGUGGGUAGCCGCGUGGUCCGCGCCCUGGCGACGCCGCUGCUGCCUCCCAACGGGCCGCGCUCCACCGAGCAGCUGGGGAAGGCCUUCGCGCAGACGGCGGGCUGCCCCGCGGACCGCGUGGGCUGCUUCGCCAUGCUGGCGACGCACACGCCGAACGAGGACGCCCUGAGCGAGGCUAUGCGAAUCCUGACUCUGAGCGACGUUCGCCGACUUCAGAACGCCUGCUGAAGUCGCUUUCGAGCCCCACAGUGCGCUGGCGAGUCAUUUAAAUGUGUACCGAUUUGGUACAACAAAUUAACUGCUGCGCGAAGCGAAUUAGCUCGGGGGCUCCCCCGGUAUGCCCUUGUGAACUCACACCUAGAUUAUCAGUGUAUGUGGUUGCCGAGUAGAGUAUGCGCCUAUUCGUAAGUGUUAUCACAAUGUUCUGUGAAAAUUGAUCAGCCUUGCUACAGCUUUGCCAAACGGCAGACGGAUGGAGUGGUUCGCGCCUCCCGCCACUGAGUGGUUUGUGAUUCUUACAUUGCCACAACCAUCCUGUCGCGUGAACUCUGUCGCGCUGUGGUUCUCGGAAUAGUGCCGGCUGGUUGCUGUUUCCGCCACUUAUGGUUUGUGAUUAUUAGAAUUUUGUAAUCAAUCAGUCAAGGAACAUGUCACUGUUCCCCGAGGCAACGCAAGUUUGCUGACGCGGCUAAUGUGCCCUGCAUUGAAAUGUUGUAGCAAUUACUUACAUCUUAUUUUUGAUUGUUUGUUAAUCAUUCUGACUGUUCAGUUAUUUUUAGUGUACAAUUACACUCCUAGUCUUUAGUUUUUAAUUGACGUCAAUUUAUCUUUUUCUCUUGAAUUGACAUCACCAGUUAAUGUGUUUUUGUUUUAAACUAAAUGUCUUAGAAACGCAA